AACGUGAAACGUCAAACGUGUUGGGUGGGGUGUGCGUUUACGGCUUCAUAGCAAAACGAAAAAAUUGUUGUAAAUCGAAUUUGUGUGUACUGUUAAUGUGCUUCAAUUGAUUGUAAUAGACAAACACGUCUUCUCACCACACAAUUGUUUCAUGUAAAUCGUGUAACCCUCUCAACAAUUACUUUUUCUCGUGAACCAUCCCUUCUGGCUAAGUCUAUCUCAAAGUCGUAGUGAUUUAAAAAAGAAAAAAAAGGAAGAAACAAUUCAGCCAUGACCGUGUCGAAAACCAUCAUCAGUUUGCUCUCUGCUGACUCACAACUGGUGGGAAUCAUCGUUACCAAUGGAUAACUAAAACAAAACGAAACUCGCCUACUAGACGUAAAAAGAAACGCCAUAAAUCCAAGAGAAAAAACUAGAAUAAUAAUAAGCCUUGAAAACAACAACAUUGCAGAGUUUUGUUGGAAGAAAAAAGAAGAAAAAAAGUUUCAUCCGGAGGGGAGUAUAUCAACAUUUCCGUGGCCAUUUUGAUCCUUUUUUCGUCGUCUGCGGAGUUGUGUGUGUGUUUGUCUAUCCCUCGUCUUUUUUAUUUUUUUAUUAUUUCGUCGUGUGUGUGUGUUGUUGCUCGUCUCUCUGCCAUUUCCGUUGGGAAUUUUUCUGACGUUUUCUGUGAAAGUAACAAACAUCCGCCAUGCCGGGAUUAAUCAGCGUCUCGGAAUUUGUGGAAGAAAGCCGCGAAGAUGUCGACUCGCCCACAACGUCGACGUUCGUUUCGCGCAUGUCGCAGUGUCGACAAACGGUCGCCGCCCUGGAAGAGAUCCUCGAUGUGGACCGAGAAGGACUUACCAAGUUGAAGAAAGCUGUCAAAGCUAUGCACGCUAGUGGCAACGCGCACACGGAUAAUGAGAACUACCUUUCACGGGCGCUGGAACGUCUUGGAACGACGGCCCUGAGUAAAGACCAAGAAGCCGAAAUCGGAGCGGCUUUCAUCAAGUUCGCCGUCGUCACCAAGGAGCUCUCGGCUCUGCUCCGGACCCUGAUGCAGAAUUGUGCCAACAUCGUGCAGUUCCCCCUGGACAGUCUGCUGAAAGGCGAUCUGAGAGGCGCCCGCGGUGAUUUGAAACGGCCUUUUGACCGGGCGUGUAAAGACUACGACACCAAGUACGGCAAACUGGAAAAGGAGAAGAAAGCCCAGGCCAAAGAAGCCGGAUUCAUCCGAUCCGAGAUCACGGCCGCCGAAGUGGCCGAAGAGCUCGAUCCCGAACGCAAAAUGUUUCAACUCCAGAUGUGUGAGUAUUUGCUGAAAGUCAACGAAAUCAAGACGAAAAAAGGUGUGGAACUGUUGCAGCACCUCCUCGAGUACUACCACGCCCAGCACAAUUACUUCCAGGACGGACUCAAGACGAUCGAGCAUUUCGGCUCGUACAUUACGGAUCUAUCGCAGGGAUUGCAGCGGAUCCGCCAGAAACAGGACGAGGAGCGCAAACAAUUGGCCGACCUGCGUCAAUUGCUCAAAAGUUCUCACGUUUUCGACAAAGAGCAGCAGCAGCAACAGCAGCCAAUUGUGCAGAGUCACGCCGGCGGUAACGGCGGAGGGAUGGCCGGCGGAAUUGGUGGAAACGUCGCCAACAACAGCGGAGGCGGGAGCAACAACGGCGGCGGAGGGGGCAACAAUGGCGGAGGGGGUUACUCUCGCCACCAGCUGCAGGGCAACAAGCAGCACGGCUCGAGCCGGACGGGCUUCCUGCUCAAAAAGUCGGAAGGCAAAGUGCGCAAGGUGUGGCAAAAGCGCCGCUGCGAAGUGCGGGCCGACGGAUUUCUCUCCAUCUACCACGCCGACGAGACCAAGCCGCCGACCCGGGUCAACCUGCUCACCUGUCAGAUCAAACCCGUGCCCAAUCACGCCGAGGAUCGCCGCUGCUUCGAUCUCAUCUCGUACAAUCGAACUUACCACUUUCAAACGGAGGAGGAAGAAGAAAUGGCGGCCUGGAUUUCGGUGAUGGUCAACAGCAAGGAAGGAGCCCUGAUGAAGGCCUUCGACGACAAUGGCCGUCACGGUCCCAAAGUCAAUCAAGGCUUCCUCGAACUGCAGCAGGCCAUUAUCCGAUACGUUUUGCGACUGCCGGGCAACGAUCGCUGCGCCGACUGCUGUUCUCAGAACGAUGCGACGUGGUUGUCGACCAACUUUGGCGUAAUCAUCUGCAUCGAAUGCUCGGGCGUACACCGUGAAAUGGGCGUUCAUGUGUCACGAAUCCAGUCGUUAGUGCUGGAUCACGUGCCAACGUCACAACUGCUCAUUGCCCGGCACAUGUCCAACCACAGUUUCAACGAGAUUAUGGAAGCGACUCUGCACAUUUCAAAGCCCAACCUCAACAGCACCAUGGAGGAGCGGAGCGAAUUCAUCCGGGCCAAGUACAUUGACAAGAAGUUCGCCAUCAAGACGAGUACGGACAUACGUGACUUGCACAGUGACGUCGAGCACGCCCUCAAUAACAAAGACAUCCAUCAGCUUUUACAAGCCUACGUCGAAGGAGCCGACUUUUCGAAGCCCUUCAUUGACAGCAACGCGGGAGAGACGGCCUUGCACAUGGCAAUCCGUCGCGAACGAGGCCAUUCCCUUCACAUUGUCGACUUUCUGGUGGAGAACGCCAGCAAUCUGGACGCGACGACCGUCGACGGACACACGGCCGUCCACUAUUGCGCCCUCUACAACCAGCCGGAAUGUCUGAAACUUUUGCUGCGCUCCGGGGCCAAUGUGGUGGCCGAGACCAAAGAUAAGAGAACGGCCGUCGAUCUGGCCAAAGAAUACGGGUCCACCGUCUGCGAAGACCUGAUUCGCCAGUCAACGCAAAACCGGAAAUCACAGUUGGAAAAUGUCAGCAUUGAUUGGAACUUGUCACAGGAUGAGGCCGGAUCCAUCGACUUGUCGGACGAGGAUAUGACAGUCAUUGAAAACACGGUGAAUGGAAUUCCGACUCCCGAUCGACGCGUUCGAUCACGACCGCCCAGUUUUGCUGGUCGAGAGUCACCAGUGCAACUCCGCUCGCGAUCCUCGACUUCCGACAGUUUACGUUCCGGUUCCAGUCCCAACAGCGGAGGCGGAGGAGGCGGAGGCAGUGGGGGGAAUCAAUCAUCACGUAAUGCGGCUUUCUUCCCUCCGGCAGUGACGACGGGCAACGGAAGUGGGGGGUCAUCUGUCAAUACAGCCGCCGCUCUUAUGGCCGGAUCUGGCAACAGCCUCUCUGUGCUGACCAAUAAAAAGAAUAACAAUUCCUCCUCUACAACAACAACAACAACAUCUUCCGCCGCCGCUGCUGCAGCGGCUGCAGCUGUCACCGCCGCCAAUGUCGGAAGUUUGAAAAAGAGAGCGGCCCCACUUCCUCCUCCGACGUCGACCAAUUCGUCGACAUUCACCAGAGCUUCGUCGCAAAACACGCACAGUCGCAACGCCUCCGACUAUGGCGUCUCUUUCCCAACGCAGCGGAUGAAACCGCCCAGCGAAUCUCAUUCUCAGUCGAGGAAAUCGCUCGUCGCCGAUUAUCUCGACUCGACAAAGACCCGCACUUUCCACCAUUCGGCCGCCCAUCUCCCCGGGGCUAAACUUGUAUUGCCCAAAGGAGAAUUGCCGCAGUUGAGGAAAUUACACGGCUCGGCCACCAGCCUGGCCAGCACUACAAGCUCUAAUCGGCCUCGGGGUCCGCCCCCUCCAACUCCGGCUAAUGUUAGUGCGGUCGUCAAUUUAUCGAAGCCGCUCAACAGUCGCAACGGCCGUUCCACCGAGAGCCUAUCAUCGGCUCCGUCGGAUGGAGAAUUCAACGAUAAGCCAUUACCACCCGCCAGAGGACGACGGUGUCGGGCCCUUUACGAUUGCGAAGCGGAUAAUGACGAUGAGGUAUCGUUCCGCGAGGGUGAGAUCCUUGUAGUCAUGAUCGAGAAGACGGAAGACGAGAAUUGGAUGGAAGGCUACGUGGAGAGUGACCCCAAACGGCGAGGCGUCUUCCCGGCUAGUUUCGUUCACAUCUUAAACGAACGGGAUUAAAACAAACAACAAAUUGGUGUUUGCUGGGAAAAAAACGGGAACCAAGUUCAAAUCAAACUGCCACACAACUUCUCCUAAAAAAUUUGUCUUUUUUGUUUGUUGGUUUUUUUCCUCGCGAGAUAUAUCCACUGACGACACCAAACUCAUCGACCAGUGGGGGAGAGAUUUACGUCAUUUAUGUCCAGUGACGCACAAAGUUAUCACACACACAUACGAGUUUCAAAGGAAUAACAAAGCUAUCCCUCUCCCCAAUAUACUUGUAAUAUUUAAAGAGAAACAAAAAAAGGAGAAUAAUUGUUGGAUUUUUGGUGAAUGGCAAAUGAAGAUUGUUUUACACUGGAGUAGUUCCCCCUCCUAUACCAGGCUUGAUUGAAUUCCAUUUCUUGUUCUUUUUUUUUUUGGCUCCUAGUCACUCUUCUCAUCGCUGUCUCUGUUUUUUGAAAGAACCCAUCCACUGAGAAAUGUUUUGCUCUUUUGUUUGUUUGUAAUAAGCCCAUUUUUCCCCCGCUCUCUCUAUCUAUCUCUGUUCUCUACUUACAUACUCUUUACCUUCUCAAAAUCUCUCAUCUACAUAUUAUAUUAUAUAUUAUUAGUUAACUUCUGUGAUAUAUGCUUCCUCAUUUUUCGCUUCCUUCCUCUAUAUCUGUCUUCAGUUUCUCAAUGAACUCUUGCCCAAUCAUCUCCUGCUGUUUGUUGUCACAUCUGUUUCGUUUUGUCUGGGAGGAACUGAUUCACAAAGAAGAUUCAUGCUUACUUCGACCAGUCUCAGUCCUCACACACAAAACUGGAAAAUAAGAAAAAAAAGAGUAUCCCCGAUUCCCACAAUGUUUGAACCAAAAUGAUCUGUAUACUAUUAUUAUUACAUACUCUGCCAUUGUUUGUUUUCUGCCCCCCAACCAAAAUGUUUCAAUCUUCUAGAUAUUCUACUUCAAGCAUUUCUUUCUCCCUCCCUAUUUUUUCGAUGUGGCUUUGUCGUUUACUGUUGUUCACGGCUUCCAUUUAUUAUUGUGUGUAAUAUUUACGUGUGUGUUUUUCCUUUUUUUUGUUUUUUUUUGAAAUGUCAAAAAUAUUUUCGUUCUUUUUCUCCCCCAUAGAGCGCGCUUGCGAGGCCGUUUGAUGUGCAAGUUCAUUGGUUGACUCUGCCUUAUCGUGUUUUGCUCGCGCGCGCAAUUUCAAACAAACUAAAAAAGAAAAAAGCUAAAAAACCUGAAAAACUAACAAAAAUCAAUACACACACAC